GGGGAGCGCCCGCGGCCGCCCGCUCCCGCCCCCGUGCCGCCCGCGCGCAACAGUUCCCCCAAAGUUGCAGCUCGGGAGGCGGGCGCGCCCGGGCGGCCGAGGGGCGGGCAGCCGGCCGAGGACGCGGCCCAGCGCCGAGAGUCCCAGCGGGCGGCGGCGGCAGCAUGGGCACCCGGCAGACCAAGGGCAGCCUGGCGGAGAGAGCCAGCCCCGGCGCGGCGCCCGGACCCCGCCGCGAACGGCCCGACUUCUGGGCGUCGCUGCUGCUGCGCGCCGGGGACAAGGCGGGGCGAGCGGGCGCCGGCGCGGGGCUGCCCCCCUACCACCGGCGCGUGGGCAUGGUCCAGGAGCUGCUGCGGAUGGUGCGCCAGGGCCGGCGGGUGGAGGCGGGGACGCUGCUGCAGCACCUGCGCCAGGACCUGGGCAUGGAGUCGACCUCACUGGAUGACGUUCUGUAUCGCUAUGCCAGUUUCCGGAACUUGGUGGACCCCAUCACUCACGACCUCAUCAUCAGCCUGGCACGCUACAUCCACUGCCCCAAGCCGGUAGGGGUCUGCAAUCCAGUUCCCGGGGAAGGCGAUGCACUAGGCGCCAUGGAGAAGCUGUGCCGCCAGCUGACAUACCACCUCAGCCCCCAUUCCCAGUGGAGGCGACACCGGGGGCUGGUGAAGAGGAAGCCACAGGCCUGCCUCAAGGCUGUCCUGGCCGGGAGCCCUCCGGACAACACGGUGGACCUGUCAGGCAUCCCACUGACCUCCCGUGACCUGGAACGGGUGACCAGCUAUCUGCAGCGCUGUGGGGAACAGGUGGACAGCGUGGAGCUGGGCUUCACAGGCCUCACGGACGACAUGGUCCUGCAGCUGCUGCCAGCACUCAGCACCCUGCCCCGCCUCACCACACUGGCACUCAACGGCAACCGACUGACACGGGCCCUGCUACGGGACCUCACAGACACCCUUAAGGACCCCAGCAAGUUCCCCAAUGUCACAUGGAUCGACCUUGGCAACAAUGUGGACAUCUUCUCUUUGCCCCAGCCCUUUCUGCUCAGCCUACGCAAGCGGUCCCCGAAGCAGGGACACCUACCCACUAUCCUGGAGCUGGGCGAGGGCCCAGGCAGUGGGGAAGAGGCCAGGGAAGGGACAGUGGACCAGGAGGACCCUGGAGGGGGUCCUGUGGCCUUGGCCAAAGACCACCAUGAGGUCAAGGAGACUAUAGCAGCAUUAGAGACAUGACAUGGAAGGGGCCUUACCAGGGAGCCCUCAUGGGGUAGAGAUGGUCAAGGCAGGCCAGGGGCUCCUGUCAGGAGGCUCAGGCUAUUGCCAAAAUUGGCCUGGCCAACCCUAUCACAAAAGGCAGGCCACAGCACCUGGGAAAGGGGCCUUUUACUUCUUGUUCCUCUCUAUCUGCCCCCUAUAAAUCACACUACCUGCGUUUUGGCUCCUAUGAAGUCAUCCCUGGCUCGAAGCUCCAGACACCCCUCCCAAGUCAGCCCUUGGCCUCCCCCCCCGAAGGCUUAUGGGAACAGGCAUAUUGUAUGCUGAGUGCCAGCAGGUUGAGCUCAUGAGAAUGCUUUCCCCCAGUACAGCUGAGGCCCUAAAGUAACCCAGAUGUUCCCAUUCUGGGUCACUUGUUUUAUCUAGGGGAGUGACUCCAGCCAAAUGCUGAAGGUACCACACUCUAGGAGGAUGCAAUUUUUACCAAAACUCCUAGCUGAAAAACCUAGGGGGAGAAGCCUAGUUCCAUGUAUGCUAACGGACUGAAAGGAAGUGGUCUACCUCCUUCCUUAUGGAGCCUUGGACUCCAUGGAACUUGUCUCAACCUCUACUUCCCCUGAGUGCUGUCCCCACCCCUCCCCCACGAUUCUACACACCUUCCCCGAGGGCUACCUAUCACAACUAUAUCCUUCAAUACAUCAGCACCAAGUGGCAGUGACUAAGGCACACAAGGUGCCUGUGCACAGGCAUGCACGUGAAGGCCCAUUCAGCCAGGCCUUCAUGUGGGAUCCAGUAUCUCUGGCAUGUGAAGGCCAAGGUACUUGCCAUCAACCCUUUCUUUGAGAGUAUUUCUAAAAACCUACUACAGAAGGCUCUUAAAAACCCACCAAGUUGAAUCCACAUUCUCAGCAGGCCCAAACAAAAUCAGUCACCUGGAAGCUCCCAGGAGAGCCUAAUUGAGCAAAGAUUUUUCAGCUUACCUGAUCCCCUUACUCAAUCACUUCUGCUGAAAGAAUCCCACCUAGAAAAAACAGACAACCCCUAGUCCCAGGUCUCUUCAGAGAAACAGUCAUUCAUGAACCAGAAAACAGUAUGAGUAAGCACUGCCUGAUGGGCCUCAAGCCAGGCAGGCAGCAAGAUGGGGCCUUGCAUACUGUUAAGGGUUUUGGCUACAAAGUAAUUUAAAUGGUGAAGGAGAUUGGACAAAGCUAUGCAAAGGGACAGUACUCAAGAGGCAGCAGGGAUUAGAACCCUUUG